CAUGUCAACUAACAGGAGCUACAGUGUCGCACAACGACCGAGUCAAUCUCGAUUUGGCCCUGGGGACCUGGUAACGGCUAGAUUCGAUACCAUCGAGUUCUAUCAUCUCUAAUAGAGAUCGGCACGAUGUCUGAUCCAUCCAUGGGUACUGCUGAUGGCAGUGUCGCCAUCAAGCGCAAGCGUGACAGCACUGAUGAAACUGGCCCCGAUGCCCAGCGACUUAACCGCUCCUCGAAUGGGAGCAACGGGAGCCUCCCCCCGGCGGACAAUCAGCCCAACUUCACGCACAGUUCACUGGGAUCUUACGAUACCCACGGCCUCCCGUCCACAGAGUUGAAUAUCGACCAACAGAUUCUUCAGCACGUCGGUCCGCAGAAUGGUAUCUCGGACGACAACGCCCUGACAGCUAAAGCUGCGCUCGCUGCCCACACUCCUCAGAACAAAUACCCACCUCCUCCCGACAACACCUUCGACAACAACCUUGCGCAUGGUUUGACCUUCGGAGAUGACAUCAGCCAGGCUAUUGGAUCCACUCAUGGCCACAACUCCACUGCUGCUGCGGUGUAUGCUGCGCGUGAGGCACAGAGUAUGAACCAGAAGCCUUCUGUUGGCUCUCCUGAGUGGCACCAGAUUCGCAAGAACAACCAUAAAGAAGUGGAGCGUCGUCGUCGUGAAGCCAUCAAUGAGGGCAUCAACCAGAUUGCUCGCCUUGUGCCGAAUUGCGACAAGAACAAGGGUGCCAUUUUGCAGCGUGCGAUUGAGUACAUCUGCCAGUUGCAUGAGGAGAAAAAGGCAAUGAGUGAGCGCUGGGAACAGAACAACAUGACCACUAGUCAUGCCAUCAGCGAAAUCAGCUCUCAGAACUCGAAACUGAAGAUCGAGGUCAACCGCCGUGGGGACAUUGCUCUGAAAUGGUUGCAACGUUGCCGCGAUGCAGGUCUUGAGUUCGAUGACUAUGAAGAAGCAAAGGAGCUGGAGCCUCUUGAGGUGGAUCCCGGCCAAGUCUAGUUUCUUGUUGUUCGUUAAAUUUCUAUUCCUGUGGC